AGCAAUUAGUCGCUCUCGGGAAGUGAGUCCAGUUCUAGCGCUAAGAGCACCCUAGUGCGUGCUGAGUGAGUGAGAGAGCGUGUGUGUGUGUGUGUGGCGUGUUUGUAGUACGUUUAUUGUAAUAACAGGCGUGUCAAACCCCGAUCACUAAACUGGCUGGCCAUCGUUCGACGAUGGAAGUCAGCAAGCGCUAUCUGUGGCUCGCUGCCUUUCAGCUGUUUUGGUUCCUCUGUUUGGUGGAAUCGUACCCGGAUGGUGCCAAUUUUUACAAAGACUGGCUGCGAGGUAGAAACGAGGAAGAUGUCGAACGAAUGAUAGCCGAGGAUCAGUUCGAGGCUCCGAAGCUUUUCUUUUACAGAACUCCAAGUUCCUAUACCGAUCUCGGGAUGGGUGACCCACUGGAGAAGAGGACGGUAAAUAGGUACAAAAACAUGAUGCUCACCAAGGACAGCCUUGAUGUACCGCUGAUCGAUGACGUCGAACAAACGAAGGAAGCGACUCGGUUCUUCUUCCCACGCGUCAACCCCAAACGGUCCCCGGGUGCCAUCCUUAGCUGGGCCAUUCCGGCCGCAAAUCGAGUGCGUGUCAUCAGCACGAAUUAUCGCCCACCAGGCAUCAAUCGGCCUGCCGCUUAGAAUAGCCGCGGACAGGAACGCAGCUACAGCGCAGCGAUGAUUUCGCGUUGAAAAUUCCGGCUCGGAUUGGUUGGCCUCUUUUCAGCGUACACAAUAAUACUCCAUUCCGUAAUGCGCUCGAACACGCCAUCAAUGACACUACAUCAAUUAUAAGCAUCGGUGCUGGCUUUUAGAAUGGCGGUUUGCAUAGGUGUUUUACCAUCUUGUCGUCUGUAACAUCAAUAUGGAUAAAUAAAAUCCUCGGGUUC